UGUAAGAGCACUGUAGGGUCUACCAGUCCCAUGCUUAAACUAAUGUGUGUGUGAGAAUUUGUCAAUUUUGUUUUUACAAUUAAACAUAAAUCCAAGGACCAGAAGUAUGACUAGCUUGCUAAGAACUUUGAAGUCAUUUCCUACCACAUCAAUGAGUGUACAAUGUCGAAGUAUUUGCCAGCUCCCGAGGAAAGAUACGAUAUGUUUGGUUAGCAGCCUGUUUUAUCGGAGUGACGUGAGUUGUUUCCGCCUGAACUGCGGGCGUGAUAAUAGUCUGAGGCAGGCUAAAACUCGACGGGUAGUGCCGCUGUUGAUGCAAAAAUCUUUUUGUUCAGAGUCUGGCAAAAGUGAAUCAUCCGAUAAAAGGCCAGACAGAAAACUUCCUAAGAUUUAUACAAGAACUGGUGACAAAGGUACAUCGGUUACUAUAGCUGGGGACCGGAGACCGAAGAACGAUAUAGUCUUUGAGGCUCUCGGAGCUACAGAUGAACUCUCCUCACACAUAGGGCUUGCCAGAGAGUUUGUCCAGGAGUCAAAUUUAUCAUCAACAAAUCUACAGCUAGAGGAGAUUCAGUGCAUUCUCCAGGAUGCAGGUUCCAACAUCGCCACACCAAAGAGUUUAGCUUCAAAGAAUCAGCUAGAUAUGACUGGAUUCAAUGGUGCCACUGUUGAGAUGUUAGAGACCUGGAUAGAUGAAAUGACAACCAAGCUGCCUCCUCUAAGAAACUUUAUACUGCCGUCAGGAGGGAAGUCUAGCAGCGCCAUACAUGUUGCAAGAUCAGUAUGUCGAAGGGCGGAGAGAAGCAUUGCACCUCUUGCUACAAGUGAUGAAAUAGAUCCUGCAGUGGCCAGAUUCAUCAACAGGUUAAGUGACUACUUGUUCACAGCAGCUAGGUAUGUGGCCCAGGAAGAAGGAAAGAAGGAGACAGUUUACAGAAGAGUCAAGCCAAAGGACAAGAAAUGAAACAGAAAAUCUUCUUACCAGGAAAUAAAGACUGUUCAUUUGUGCUGCUUAUGUUCUACCUCCUUCUCUCUCUCAUAACUUUGUGAAUUUGAUGACAAGUCUUUCUCUUUCCCACUCUCUC